CUUCGCUGCCCUUCUCUCCCUCGUUCUCCUUCACCAUCGUCGUCGUCUUCUUCUUCUUCGAAGUGCGGCAAAGAUCGAUGGGUGAUGCAAGAAGCUUGGAGGCUAUCAAGGACGAGACCGUUGAUUUGGAGCGCAUCCCGAUCGAGGAGGUGUUCGAGCGGCUCAAAUGCACGAGGGAGGGGCUCAGCUCCGUGGAAGCUCAGAGCCGGCUCAAAAUCUUCGACCUCAACAAGCUCGAGGAGAAAAAGGAGAGCAAGAUCCUCAAAUUCUUGGGCUUCAUGUGGAACCCGCUUUCGUGGGUCAUGGAGAUGGCCGCCGUCAUGGCCAUCGCCCUGGCGAACGGCAACGGGGAGCCGCCGGACUGGCAGGACUUCGUCGGAAUCGUCAUGCUUCUUCUGAUUAACUCCACCAUCAGCUUCAUCGAGGAGAACAACGCGGGCAACGCCGCCGCCGCCCUCAUGAGUCAACUCGCCCCCAAAGCGAAGGCAAGCCCUCGUCUCGUCUCUUUCCCCAAAGCAAUCUACUUUGCGAUGAUCUUCGUCCGCAUCUCUUAUCAGGCGCUGAGGGACGGCCGGUGGCAGGAGGUGGAGGCUGAGAUUCUCGUGCCCGGCGACGUCAUCAGCAUCAAGCUCGGCGACAUCGUGCCCGCCGACGCCCGGCUCCUCGAGGGAGACCCCCUCCGGGUCGACCAAUCCGCAUUAACCGGGGAGUCGAUGCCGGUGAGCAAGCACCCGGGCGACGAGGUCUACUCCGGUUCCACGUGCAAGCAGGGGGAGAUCGAGGCCGUCGUCAUCUCCACCGGCGUCCGCACCUUCUUCGGCAAGGCGGCACACCUCGUCGACAUCACCAACGAGGUGGGGCACUUUCAGAAGGUGCUCACCGCCAUUGGCAACUUCUGCAUCUGCUCCAUCGCCUCGGGCAUUCUCGUCGAAGUCAUCGUCAUGUAUCCGAUCCAGCGCCGCCGCUACAGGGACGGCAUCAACAACCUGCUGGUCCUCCUGAUCGGGGGCAUCCCGAUCGCCAUGCCCACGGUGCUGUCGGUGACCAUGGCCAUCGGCUCUCACCGGCUAUCCCAGCAGGGCGCCAUCACCAAGCGGAUGACCGCCAUCGAGGAGAUGGCGGGCAUGGACGUCUUGUGCAGCGACAAGACCGGGACGCUCACUCUCAACAGUCUCACCGUCGACAAGAACCUGAUUAAGUUAUUCAUGGAGGCCGUAAACAAGAACAAGGUCGUCCUUCUCGCCGCAAGAGCCUCGCGCAUUGAGAACCAGGACGCCAUCGACGCCGCCAUGGUCAAGAUGCUCUCUGACCCGAAGGAGGCCAGAGAAGGAAUAAAAGAAGUACACUUUCUCCCGUUCAAUCCCGUCGACAAGAGAACUGCCCUUACCUACAUUGACAACGCCGAUGGAAAGUGGUAUCGUGUGAGCAAAGGGGCACCGGAGCAGAUUCUUAACCUGUGCGACUGCAACGAGGAAUUCCGCAAAAGCGUUCACGCUGCGAUCAAUCGAUUUGCUGAACGAGGACUUCGCUCACUGGCUGUCGCCACACAGGAGAUCCCAGAGAAGUCCAAGGAGGCUGCUGGAGAUCCUUGGCAAUUUGUCGCAUUGAUGCCUCUGUUUGAUCCUCCACGCCAUGACAGUGCCGAGACCAUACGCAAGGCCCUGGACCUCGGCGUCAACGUGAAGAUGAUAACCGGCGACCAGCUUGCCAUCGCAAAGGAAACGGGUCGAAGACUCGGGAUGGGAACGAAUAUGUAUCCUGCCUCUGCCUUGUUCCAUCAGAAUAGGGAUGCCUCGAUUCCUGAGUUUUCUGAAGAUGAUUUAAUCGAGAAGGCUGAUGGAUUCGCCGGAGUCUUUCCUGAACACAAGUAUGAAAUCGUGAGGAAGUUGAAGGAGAGGAAGCACAUAUGCGGAAUGACAGGCGACGGGGUAAACGACGCUCCGGCUCUGAAGAAAGCGGACAUUGGAAUAGCCGUCGACGGUGCUACGGAUGCUGCUAGAAGCGCCGCUGACAUUGUCCUAACUCAGCCCGGGCUCAGCGUCAUCAUCAGUGCCGUUCUCACUAGCAGAUCUAUUUUCCAGAGGAUGAAAAACUAUACGAUUUACGCUGUCUCCAUAACCAUUCGCAUCGUUCUCGGCUUUAUGUUUAUUGCCUUGAUCUGGAAGUUCGACUUCUCACCCUUCAUGAUUUUAAUCAUCGCCGUCCUCAAUGAUGGCACGAUCAUGACGAUCUCCAAGGACCGUGUGAGGCCAUCCCCAAUGCCUGAUAGCUGGAAAUUGAAAGAGAUAUUUGCUACCGGCUCUGUUUUCGGCAGUUACUUGGCUUUGAUGACUCUUAUUUUCUUCUGGGCCAUGAGAGACACCGACUUCUUCUCGGAUCAUUUCAAAGUUCGAUCAUUGAGAAACAAUGAUGAGGAGAUGAUGUCCGCUUUAUACCUUCAAGUAAGUAUAAUUAGCCAAGCUCUUAUAUUUGUCACGCGUGCACGCAGUUGGUGCUUUGCCGAACUGCCUGGGCUUCUCUUAGUCUCUGCCUUUGUUGGUGCUCAACUGGUUGCGACUGUCAUAGCUGUUUACGCGAACUGGGGAUUUGCAAGGAUAAAAGGAAUCGGGUGGGGUUGGACCGGCGUCAUCUGGCUUUACAGUCUCGUUUCUUUCCUCCCUCUUGACUUGUUCAAGUUUUUUAUCCGCUACGUUCUUAGCGGAAAGGCUUGGAAUAACCUCCUCGAGAAGAAGAUUGCUUUCACGAGCAAGAAGGACUACGGCAGGGAAGAGAGAGAAGCUCGAUGGGCGAUGGCACAGAGAACACUGCACGGGCUUCAUACGCUUGAUCUGCCCGACAGAAGCAGUUACAAAGAACUCACUGAAAUGGCCGAGCAAGCCAAGAGGCGAGCUGAAGUUGCGAGGUUUCGCGAGAUGCAAACCCUCAAGGGACACGUUGAAUCAGUGUUCCAGCUGAAAGGGGUCGACGUUAACACGGUUCAACAGCAUCACACAGUAUGAGUGAUGUAGCUUGUUCUACUUUAUAAUUUCCAAUUGAUAUUUGUCAUUUUUAGUGUCUUGCAACGUCGAUCUCGACUCGUUGCAACCUCCUUUGUUACAAGGUGAAUAUUUA